AGGCGUGGACGUGUUAGUCAAGGACCCCAAGUUCGAUGACUUCCGCCAGCAGGGCUUCGACAACGCCGGGCUGGACCCAUCCAGCGACAAAGCUGGCCCGGCUCUGAAGAAGCCCACUGACCCGGCCAAACAAGACCCGCGUUAUCCCGCGCCUGCCCCAGCGCAGGUGGGCAACAUCUGCCUGCAGCCAUUCCCGCCGCCAGUCGACCCGGUCGACCUCUCGCACGCCAAGAGUAUCCUGCGUACCGGCGCACUUGUCGUAACGGCCCUCUGUGCUGUUGCAUUCUUCUUCACCUGCCUCGGCCACGGCGUCUCCUGGAAGGCCUUUUCCGUGCGGAGUACUCUCCUCGCAAGUACCGCGUUCGUCGCAUGGGUCGGCGCUGAGAACGCGGGGCGCAAGAUUGAGAAGGAGCUCGAGCGGAUCCGGAUGAAGAUGCACAAGGACCGCGGCGAGACGUACUCGCCGCCGACGCCGGAGAGCGUCGAGUGGCUGAACGCGGUGCUCAAGCUCGUGUGGGGGCUCGUCAACCCCGACAUGUUCAUCCCGAUCUGUGACAUGGUUGAGGAUAUCCUGCAAGCGUCCCUACCUAGCUUUGUUGACGCGGUGCGCCUGACGGACGUCGGGCAGGGCACGAAUCCGCUGCGGAUCGUGUCGAUGCGUGCGUUGCCAGACCAGCCGGGGCACCCGGACUAUCCGCGCGAGGAGUGGGUCGGGCUCGACAAGGACACGCAAAGCAAGAUCCGGGCUGAGGAGGCAGAGAAAGGGAAGCAGACGGGCGACCCCGCCAAGGACGAGGUGGACACGGACCAGACGGGCGACUACCUUAACUACGAGGUGUCCAUCUCGUACCAGGCGCUACCCGGACAGUCGCGCCGGCUGCGCUUCCACAACAUCCACCUCUGUCUGGAGUUCUUUCUGAGCGCAUGGGACUGGUUCCGCAUCCCGAUACCGAUCUACGCGAUUGUGGAGGGUUUCGUGGCGACGGCGCGGCUGCGCAUGCAGUUUGUUCAGAACCCACCUUUCGUGAGGAAUUUGACGGUGACGUUGAUGGGCGUGCCAAAGGUAGAGGUUAGCGUUGAGCCGUUUACGAAGAAGCUGCCGAAUGUGCUGGAUUUGCCGUUGAUUAAGCAAUUUGUGGAGAUGGGUAUCGCUGCUGCUUGCGCACAAUUUGUAGCGCCGAAGUCCCUCACGCUCAAUUUGGCCCAGAUGCUUGCUGGUGACGGAAUCAAGAAGGAUACCAAGGCGCUCGGUGUACUUGUCGUCACCAUCCACCACGCGGAGGAUAUUUCUGCGCAAGACUCGAAUGGGUUAUCGGACCCAUACAUUGUCCUGGCUUACGCAAAGUUCGGCAAACCACUCUAUAGUACGCGCAUCAUCCUUGGCGACCUCAACCCCGUCUGGGAAGAGACGGCCUUCCUGCUCGUCACGGACGACGAGGUCAAGGCCGAGGAGAGCGUGUCCGCGACGCUGUGGGACUCAGACAAGCGAACUGCCGACGACUUGGUCGGGCGGGUGAACGUCCCGCUCAUCGAGUUGAUGAAGAACCCGGGCACGAUGCAUUCACGCGUGGACAAGCUGCAGGGCUUCGAAGACGCGAAUGACAUGCCAGGGACGCUGCACUGGGAGGUCGGGUACUUCGACAAGGCGCCGCUGAAUAAGGCGCUCAAGAAGGCGGACCCGCAGCCGAACGUUCCGGACGUCGUGAAGGACAAGAAGCAGGCGCAGGAGACGCCGACGGUGGCUGAUACACAGGAGGAGGCGGAUGCCCUCAGGACCCCGCCGGAUCCCAACAUUCCAAGCGGGAUUCUGAGCGUGAUUAUUCACCAAAUUAAUAACCUCGAGCGGCAGGAUAUCAAGGGGAACACUGGGUCUCGCGAGGGUCAGGGCGGCCAGGAUACGGAGGAAGCGGCGGAGGAGGGAGAGAAUUUGCCGAAUGGGUACUGCGAGAUUAUCGUCAACGACGAUUUGAUCUACAAGACGCGGGUGAAGCAGUACACUAGCAUGCCGUACUUUGAGGCGGGAACGGAGCGGUUCGUCCGGGACUGGAGGGAGACGAUUGUGCGCGUGCAGGUAAGGGACGCGCGGGUGAGGGAAAAGGAUCCGGUGCUGGGGAUCGUGACCGUGAAACUGGCGGAGCUGUUCCAGAAUAGCUCUGAGGUGACGCGGCUGUUCUCGCUCCAGGAGGGGAUCGGGUAUGGGCGCGCGAAUAUCUCGUUCUUGUUCCGCCAGGUGAAGACGCCGCUGCCAAGGGAGAUGCUCGGGUGGGACACGGGCACGGUGGAGAUCCUGGGGAGUAUCUCCAUCGAGUCGAACGAGGAGCUGCGGGAGGGCUUCAAGACGAAGAAGCUCACGAUGUCGACGUCGGAGGAUUCGUACAAAGCGCCGUCGUCGUCUGCGACUGUGACGGACAAUAAUGUGCAUUGGGACCUGCCUGUGGACAAGAUCCGGCUGCCGGUAUAUAACCGGUAUUCGAGCGCGGUGCUGUUUGAGAUCGGGUCUGGCGGUGUUGGGCCCAUUGGGCAGGAUUGCGACUAUGUUGCGGUUGCGUGGUUGAAAGACGUGCCGGAUGAUGAGGAAGUCACCUUGCGUCUCCCGGUUCUGCGAAGCGAUAAACUGGCUCAAGUCAGACAAAACUACAUCAACGAACAAACUGCAAAGACGCACAAGUAUGACAUCGUCGGAUAUCUCACUUGCGCUCUUGUCCUCGACUCGGGAUUGGACCCUGACCAUGAGCCUCUCCAGACGAGCCGCGAGGAGCAGCAUCGGUACGAAGCGUAUGAUCGCGUGGAAGGGCAGGAGAGAAUUGCGGAACGCACCGCGCAAGUGAAAGAGAAUGGGGAAGACGACCGGAAGGUGAAGCAGGGUAUAGAGGAGGAGAGGAAGCACCAGCUUGCGAUGCGCCACCGGGGCGUGAUGCAGUUCAAACCCGCGAGGACGGCGCUGUGGUCGAAGGAAGGUAUCAAGAAGCGAGCAAAGAGUAUCAAGAACACAAUCACCGGGAACAAGGACCGCGAACCCACCGUGGAGACCGAAGCAUAACUGUGUACUAGUUUCAAAGUUAUUAUGUAAAAUAGAUACGAACGUUGGACAUUGUUGUAUGAUAGGGUCGUUCUUGUUUGUCUUCACCUUACGCAUUAUCUCGGACCAGCCACUCGUACACGUUGUUGGUGUGAGUCGAGAAGUGGUUUAAACUGUAUCUCCAACCCUUACACCCUAGUACUAGACUUGUAACGCCGCACAACGAAGAAAGCCCUUCAGG